AAAUUAGAAAUCCAAUUUGCACUGUAAGAGAAACUGCUAUUGUUUUGAAAAUCAAUUGCCUAUUCCUACAUUUAUUGCUCACUAUUGUUUCACUUGAAAUAAUUUAUUAUCUAUCGUUAUAUGUACUUUGUUAUAAUUGUCAGCAUGAUUAAUGAAUCACAGUUACUGUAUCACGAUGAUUUUUACAAUUAAUUUGCUCUAUUGUGUGUUAUUUGACAAACAUAUGUUCAAGGCUAACCUGAAAUUCUCAGCUGGCCAAAGAGAAGCAAAAACAGUUCCUUAAAGUCAUCUGUUUAUUUUCUUUUCACAUCUAUACAGUCCAUUUUGGUUACUACAAUUUAUUAAACCAUUUUUAGUGUUUAAUCAGCUUUAUAAUACAUUUUUUAUGAAUGUUUCAUCAUGAUAUUUAGUGUUGGAAAUGUGCUGGUUAAUAAAUAGUAUUUUAUUGGUUCAUUUCUUCUCCAUGCAACAAGAUGAAAUGUGUCAAUAAAAGGAUUUUGAUUUUGUUAUUGCUAUCUUCGCCUUUCCAUUAAAACCAAAACCACCUUAUCAAUUUGGGUCCUGUGUUCAAUCUACUUGUUUCCAACAUCAGAUCAACAAUCCCGGUCUGGUUCACCCUUCAUCAUUAAAUAAUCAUAAUGACCAAUCAUUGGUUCUUGAAUCUCAAUUUUUUUCCUUUUUGCCUUCUCAUUGUGAUGUCACUCUACUAAAUCUACCUCAGACCAAUUUCUCUUUUUUAAAUUUUAUAAAAUUUAAAAUUCAAUAUGGUUUCGAUUUUCCAAAUACAGCUAGAAAAACUGGUGAAAUAUUCUAAUUUUGGAUCUUAUACCUUGAAAGAUUUUUUUCCCACAACCAGCAACUGGAAUUUAAAAGCAGGUCUAAAGUGAUAUCAUUUGGAUUUAUAUCAAUAACUACUACACCCAUUGAUUUAAAAUAUUUCCCUGAUCCAGAGCAGCUAUCUUUUGUGUCCAAUUCAAUUAAAUUUCAAGUCAUUCACUACUCCUCAAGCAUCUCUUUCACCUUCGUCAUCAUUCAUCAUUUUUUUUGUAUAUUCCUGUACCAUUCUUCACUCCUGUUAUUGAAACUGACAGCUUUAAGAAUAACCAAGUUCUCAAUGACUGAGAUUCAAUUUUUACUCAAACGGGCUAAUCUUUCGCAAAAUCCUGGCAGUUCCUCACCCAGGCGAAAAAAAUGGACCCUGGUUAUUAUUGGCCUUCUUUUUUGUCUUUACUUUACUUAUUUUCUGAUAAAUCCAGCCGAUCCAUCAGUCCGAGUCCUGGAUGUUCCAAAUAAAUUACUUUUCAGUGAAUAUGUUCAUAAUCAACAAUCUUCGUCAUCCGUUUCUUUUUCAUCUCAUCAAGUUUCGCCGUUAUCCUCGUCCUCACCUUUACCUUCAAUUCCUCUUCCAUCAACUCCUCCAAUAAUCCUUUUGUGGACUGGAGCAUUUGACAGUGACUCUUGGUGGGGAGCAACUGAAUCUCCUUUAAAUUGUGAUUGUAUUGUUUCGAGAAAUCGAAGCUUAUUAGCUCAAGCAAAAGUUGUUCUUUUUUACUGGCGAAACACUAAUUUAAAAGACUUACCAAAGUAUAAAUUUGAGGGACAAACAUGGAUUUGGCAUCACAUGGAAUCUCCUAUGAACACAUUUAGAAAAGCCAAUUUAGCCCAAUUCGCAAACUAUAUCGAUUGCUGGUCUAGCUAUCGAAGUGAUUCGGAUUUUCCAACACCUUACGGGGAAGUAUUAAAACUGUCUGAAAUUAGUUAUGCAAACAAUUCAGAGUCUUGGCAGCAACGAAAAACUAUCAACGUUCCAUUCUCCUCAAAGACUCGUAAUGUGGCUUGGAUGGUUAGCAAUUGUAAAGCUUCAUCAGGAAGAGAUGAAUAUGCUAAAGAAUUAGCUAAAUAUAUCGAUGUUGACAUUUACGGUGCUUGUGGAUCAUUGAAAUGUCCAAGUUCAAAAGGAUCCUAUUGUUAUCAUCAUAUUGAAACUAAUUAUCGAUUCUAUCUGUCUUUCGAGAACUCUAUCUGUUCAGAUUAUUACACUGAGAAAAUUAUCAAUAUCCUCAACUACACCGUUAUUCCAAUUGUCCUUGGUGGAGCUAAUUAUUCUUCAAUUUUACCAAACCAUUCCUACAUCGACGCGCUUUCUUUCAAAUCACCUCGAUACUUGGCAAUGUUAUUGAGAAAUUUAGCAGCUGAUGAGAAAAGAUACAGCUCAUACUUUGAAUGGAAAAGACAGUUUACUGUUAAAAAUCACGACUAUCGCCAACUAUUUUGCCAAAUAUGCUCCAAAUUAAAAAGUGUAGCUCAAUCUUCGCCCUCUUCAUCCUUUGACAAAGAAGGUGAAAAACUUAGACAAUCUUCAGUGCUAUGUAAUCGGCGCCACAAAGAUCUAGUCGGUUGGUGGUUCAAUGAAGGAUCUUGUAAGUCAUGGUCAGUGAUACGAUCUAAAUUCUUGUCAUAGACAAAUGGAAAAGGGAGAAUUUAUUUUAUCAACAAACUAAUUGGAUGAUUGGUUUGCAAAUAUUCGAUGCAUAUCAAAUUAAUGUCAGCAUAAUCCAAACUAAAGAGUUGUAUUAGGCCAUUGACAUACCUUAAAAACAUGUGAAUGUAAAUUUUGUGAGAGUUUCAGUGACUAUGGAGAUGAACCAAUACCAAUCACAAAUGAGUCUAGAUUAAGGUAUUUUAGAUAUCACCAAUUUAUAUACAUUUUGAAAGCAAUGCAAUAGCGUCUCAUGUUACAGGAAACAUCUUUGCAACUACUAAACCAACAUUAUGGUUUAUCAACAAGGAAAAAAAAAGACAGUCCAAAAAAAACAUAACCAAAGUGAUCCUUGAGUUUGUAUUUUCUACUUCAAGCUCUAAGCUGUCAACUCUACACAAUUUUGUGGGCAAUUAAUAAGUUUGAUUUCAUGAUAACAAAUUUUACCUGAUAUUUGAACAAAAACAAUGCAAAUCAAACAUGAAAAGAAACCAAGUCAACAAUUGCAGUAUUAAUGAGUGGAAAGUUGCGGUCGUAUUCAAAUCAAUAGAUAUGGUUACCAUGUAUAUUAUAAAAUAAUACCAAAGGAAGAUAACAAAUUAAUGUGAUCAUAAAAUAUAAACAUGAGAUUGCAACCAAUUCAUCAUCAAUUGGUGUACAAAAUAAACAAUUUAGACCUGUCUAAAUUAUUAAUGUUUUUAGUAUUGAUUCCUAAAAAAGAGUUGAACUGAAUUAAAUUUAAUCAUCGAAA